AUGGAAACGUUGCUGCAACAGCUGAUCCGUGGCAACGCUCUGCUCCUCAUCAUUGUUUUGGGAAUUGGAGGAAGCUUUCAAAGUGGCUACCACAGUACUGAAUUGAGUUCUCCAUCACCGUACAUUCAGAGCUUCAUCAACAGCAGCUGGUUCCACAGAUACGAAGAGUCUCCACCCCCACGGACGAUCACGAUCAUCUGGUCCCUCAUUGUCUCCAUGUAUGCUGUCGGGGGACUCUUUGGUGCUUUCAGUGUCAAAUGGAUCACCGGCACACUGGGAAGAAAGAAGGCGAUGAUCUGCACCAGUUCCAUUGCCAUAGUUGCAGGCGGCAUCAUGCUGACAAGUAAAGGUGCCAAAUCAUAUGAAAUGAUUAUCGUGGCAAGGACUCUAUGUGGCUUCUCCUCAGGUUUAGGGAUGAGCUCCCAUGUAAUGUACCUGGCUGAGAUCUCCCCAAGGAAGAUAAGAGGGACUGUGACUCUGACCUCAGCCAUCUUUUUGUCACUCGGGAAAGUGUUGGGGCAGUUCUUUGGACUUAGUGAGCUUCUUGGUCGCCAGGAGCUGUGGAACAUCGUCCUCUCGGUCCCUGCACUUUUCUCAUUGGUUCAGGUUAUAGUGUUGCCUUUUCUCCCGGAGGCUCCCAGAUACUUAUUCAUAGAGAAAGGUUACGAAAAGGCUUGCAAAAAAGCUCUCCAGAGUUUGUGGGGCGAAGGUGACUACAAACAGGAGAUGGACGAGAUGUUGAUUGAACAGGCUGCCAUUGAGGCGGCCCCUCAAAAAAGCACUCUGCAGCUCCUGAGGGACUCCAGUGUCCGAUGGCAGCUUCUCACCAUGUCCGUCGUCUACUGCGUCAACCAGCUUUCAGGAAUUACCGCAAUCAAUAUCUUCUCUUUUGACAUCUUCAAGAAGGCCGGAAUACCAACUGACAAGAUCCGUUAUGUGACUCUUGGUCUUGGAAUAUCUCAAAUCAUCCCCUCCAUCUUCUGUGGGCUGCUGAUUGAGAAGAGUGGGAGGAGGCCUUUGUUCUGGGGGGGCUACGGCCUCAUGUCCGCCAGCUUGCUGUUGUUCACUGUCAUGCUCAAUUUGAAGGAUCCCAGCUACUGGAUUCCAUAUAUCUCCACGAGUUUGAUCUUCCUCUUCAUCAUCUCCUUUUGCGGAGGACCUGGGGGAGCCUCAAACACUCUCCACAGUGAGAUCUUCAUCCAGUCCGACCGACUGGCUGCAUUUGUACUAUUGGGGAUGCUACGCUGGUUGCUCUACGCUGUACUGGGCCUAUUAUUUCCAUUCCUUAUUGAUGCCCUGGACUCAUACUGCUUUGUGCUGUUCACCUGUGUGUGCCUGCUGGGUUGUCUUUAUACCUUCUUCCUCCUGCCUGAGACAAAAGGAAAGACAAUGCUGGAGAUCUGUGCUGACUUCAAAGCCAUCACCCUCUGUGGGAAAUCCUUCUCAGAGGAAAAGCGAUUGGAGACUAAGUUGUAAACGCAGGGCAGAUACAGUCGACUGUUAUCUCAAAGUGUGGCUGUGUGUGACCAAAAGGAAACUGUUCAUGGUUGUUGAGUAUUUUAAUCAGUAAAUAAAUGAAAGGAAAUCCCUGUCGCACUGCAGCUAAAUCACUGAGACAAACCUGUAACACAGCACGUUUUAUUCAUUCAACAGUAAACCCUAA